GGUUCAGUCUGCCAACCUAUGCUGACGGUAUUCAAAGUGAAUUUACGUUACAUUAUAAGGCUUCUAGAAUGCUAGUCUCACUGGUAAUGCGACACUCAACCCUUCCAUAGAGACAUCCAAAUACAACUCCAGCAUGCCCAAACAACAGCCAGUUACUCAACAAAAUACACAGAAUGGUAACAAUAUGAAUAUCAAACUCGAAGACCCUCCUACACAAUCCGUAGACUGGGACUCUGAACGCCAGAUCGUUUCUUCCCUCGCCAAACUCCAAGAACUUGAAGCCAAGAUACAUGAACUCCGCUCUCUCCUCCCCGACCGUCUCCUCGCCCCAAUCAGCCCAAUUGUCAACCCCCGCCAACGCAGUCCAUCAAACCCGAUCCCACGGAACCCACAAGAACUCAAUGCGCGGUUAACAAAGUCAGCGGCGGAAGGGGUCGCUGAACUCAACAAUUUCAAGGGACUAUGGCAGAGCCCCGACGUACAAGAAAUAUGGGCGCGAAUAAACCAGAAAAUGACGGAGAAUAAAGGCAGCUUCCCACAACCGUCGGGGAUGUGGGAUCGGGAUUACGAGAUACUACUGAAGGAAAUCGAUGGAAGGGAAGAUAAUUCAAAACAGUCGGAGAUGAAUCAGAAUGGGAAAGAUGAUACUCAACAUACCACACUAUCGUCGAAAACAGAAGAAGGGAAAGAGGGAUGGAAAAAUAUCAUUGAAUCCUUCCAAAAUAAUCAAUCGCCAGGAUUCCGCAUCACAACUAGCAAAAAUGCAUCUAUGAUUAUUGUUACUCUCGGGCUUGCCGGGAUUACUUUGGAUAUCCAAGAAAUCAUCACCAACGCAGCCAAUACUUCUGAUAGUGGUACUCCUGCAUCUGCUUAUUCGCGGUCAUUGCCAGAAUGGCGCGUCUCGGCUGCGCAGCAAUCAAUCGCCAGUCGACCAGCUAGUCGACUCGAGUCGGCGAUUGUGCAACAACUCAAUAACAGACCAAGGAAGUGGGAUUUGCGCUAUUUACUGGAAAUGAUGCAAGCUUAUACAAAUAUCAAACGCACACCAUGCAAGAAAUGCAACUUGAUGACUGAUUCCCAAGCACAAUUGCCAAUAGUUCGGAGACCCGUGGGUCAGGGGUCUAAUUCGGCAACUGGUGAAAAUAUCAAUGCUAGCAGUGGCUCAGAGAAUGGUGAAAACACAAUCACUUGGGAAGCGUACCACACGAGUUGUUUAUAAUUGUACGAUAGCAGUUUUCGAUGCAUGAGCAAAACAAGGAUAUUAUCUCCGCCAGCGAACUGUAACAAACACAUUUGCAGACCAUAUAUUGAUUUGGAAUUGAUAUCAGCCUUGGUUACCGUUGUAAUAACAUCACAUUGAAUU